AUGGCAAAAGAAGAAUCUCAAUCUAGUAUAGAUGCUUUGAGCCCUAUGUUCAAACUCUGUACUGUUCUAGCGUCGUUUCCUCCGUAUUCCUUCCAUGGGAAAUUUAAAGCUACUGGAAAACGAUAUAAAAUAUAUACCCUAUUCUUCUUGGUGUUGAUCAUAUGUAUAUCUUCUUGUCAAAUUUAUGGAAGAAUAACUUGCAGAUUGGAAAAACUAAUGGCACUGGCAGUGAAAUUACCCGAGGAUUUCUCUAAUAUAUUUUUACUUGUCCUAGCUGCAAGAACAGCUAUUUUAAACUACACGCAUUGCGAUGAACUAAAACAACUCUUGUACAGAUUAGAACUUUUUGACAAAGCGAUGUCGAAAAACAGUACAAGGAGAAAAUUGUUCCUUACAGCAUUUACGGUUUUGCACCUUGCUUUAGUAGUUGCUGCUGGUUUUCACUGUAUGGCAUUCGGAUUCACUUUUGGAAUGGAGUAUUACAAAUGCAAUUUUGGGAAGUAUUUCCUGAUCUACCUAACUUCUAUCAAUCUGAUGAUGGUUGUGUGGAUGGGCGCGGAAAUCAGGUUCAGAUUCGAUACCCUCAACGAUUAUCUUCUCAAAUAUGACUACCACUUACAUGAAACGAAUAGAACUGCUGAUGUUUUAAAAAGAGUGUCAGUUCAUUUGAAAUGCGUAAGGAUGUGGCAUAACGAUUUAUGCAAUCUGGUUGAGAAAUACAACGAUCUUUUCGGGAUCAGCAUGUUGCUGUUUGUUUUGUUUGAUACAUCGAACGUCUUAAGCAACACGGUCACUGUUUUGGACAUAGUUACUGCCCCAAGAGAGUCUAGUGAGGAUUAUUUGUUGGGAUAUAUAAUUUUUGUUAGUUUGAUGUGCUUGGUCUUCAGUUUGGUUAGAACUCUAAUGUUGGCCCUAUCUUCCGAAAAUUUGGCUAGAGCAACUGAACGAAUGACAAUUAUCUGCUACAAGUUGCUCAACGAGGUACCAGUAGUACCGGAGACAGAUUACGAUACAAUGUUAAACGAAAAGUUACAUCUCAUCGCACGUCAAGGCUUUUUUAGGAAGCCCCACGUAUCUGGCGCCGGUUUUUUUGCGAUUAAUUUGGAAAUCAUGGGAAGCAUGGCGAGCUGGGCUCAAGUUGUUACGAUUUGUGUCAUCUCAGAGAGCAUAUCCCAAGAAGCUAGCAGAACAACGAACAUUUGCUACAUUCUUCUAAACGAUGUCCCCGCCGUCCCCAAAUCGUACUACCACAAGCUGCUGAAAGAUGAGCUACUGCAAACUGCGGAGCAAUCUUUCUCGAGAGUACCUCAGAUAUCAGCUGGUGGAUUCUUCGAUGUUAAUUUAACUGUGGUGGGAUUCAUGCUAUCAAGCGUUGCUUUUUAUGUAAUAGUUGCUGCCGAGUUGGAAUCUAGCUGA